AUGGACAUUAAAAACAAGUGUUUUGUUCCUCACGACCUCCGUCCAAUUUUGGAGGCAUUAGCGCGUGAAGUACUCAGAAGUCAGCCAUCAGAUGUCGCUGAAUUCGGUCACAUGUUUUUCGAUGAGUAUCUGAAGCAUCGUAAAGGCAAGUUAUAUGCAUCAUUCUACAAAAUGAAGUUAAUAAUAAAAAUGAUUAUUUUUCCAGAAAACCGCAACAUCUUGAAGGACCCAGCUGCCUACGAGGUCUUCCGAGCUGAUCUUCAGAAGAAGUUUGCUGAAGUGGAGCGUCCAUCGAGUCCAAUGGAUUCAGCUGCCACAAAAAUUCAAGCGGCCUUCAAGGGACACUUGGUCCGUGCUCAUCCGGAGAAGUACGGAAUGGCUACUAGAACUACAUCGUCGGAGAAACUUGACUCUGACAACAAGAAGGACCAAAAACGUCACUCGGUUGGAGGCUACACCAUUGAAAUGGAUACUCCGGAAGAUAGAGCCGCAACGAAAAUCCAAUCUGAAAUCCGCGGAUUUCUUACUCGCAAGCAUGUUGAUAAGAUGAAGAAGGAGGACACUGAAGCUGCUACCAAAAUUCAGGCUCAUAUUAGAGGAUUCCUGACACGAAAGCACUUGGACCAAGAGGGUCUCUCUCCAUCCAGAAGUCGCUCUUCUCUCCAAUCCGAUCACUCCGACGUCAACUGA